AAUGCACUACUCGUGAGAGAGCAGACAUCUAAAGCUGUGCUGAAGCAUUGCUGUGCGGUCUACACACAUCAGAAAUCAGUCGUUCCAAGGAAUCUGGAAAUCCGAAGAUCUCCCACAACACAAUGAAUAACAGUGACAGUGACACAGGAUGUCAGGAUAACAUAGACAACAACAGACCGCUAUAUAUUUUCUACUCUUCUGUGGUAAUAUUUGAGUUCAUUUUGGGUCUCCUUCUGAACAUUACUGUUAUCCACGUCUUCAUCUUCAAGCUCAAGUUCUGGAAAUCUAAAACCAUCAACAUUUUCCUAUUCAAUCUGGUCUUGGCUGACAUUUUGUUGUUGAUUGGUUUGCCAGUGAAGGCAUAUAACAUUCAGCAAUGCAGUGAAAAUAAGAUAGUUUGCAAAGUGCAGCUCUUCUUGCAGUUUCUGAACAGAGGAGCCAGCAUUGCCUUUCUGACCGUCAUCUCCAUUUAUCGGUAUUUAUGCGUGGUCCAUCCUGAGAAGAAGAAAGUCAUAAGGAUUCUGAAAAGAUCACCUCAAAUUUCCGUAUUCAUCUGGGUGCUACUUGGGAUUCUGACCAUUCCGGCGAUGACACAGAGCUUUAUCAGAUGCAACAGCAAUGAAAAUGACCAACUGAACGUUAUCGUUCUGUUGAGGGAAAUUGUGUUUUUUACACAGAUUCUGAUCCCCUUUUUUGUUCUUGUUUAUUGUUCCAUUCGGAUUAUCAACAGGCUUAAACAGAAGACGGUGGGAGACAGGACGAAGCUCCAGAGAGCAAUGUUCCUUGUCACUUCAAUUGUUCUCGUUUUUGCUCUCUGCUUUUUGCCGUAUGCUUUUACAAGGAUGGUGCAGCUACAGCGCAAUAGAAUUGUUAUGUCAGAGGAAAAAGUUACUCUUGUUAAAGUGUAUGACGGACUUACUUGUCUCUCUUAUCUGAAUUGCCUCUUAGAUCCAAUCCUGUACUGUCUGAGCAGCACUAAAUUUAAGAAGUUAUAUGAGUCAAUAUAUUUCCCCUGUCUGUUGGAGAAGGAACAAACAAAAACUUCAGAAGACAACUCCCAAUGACUGGUUGGAUAAAAAUAGUGUCAAAAAGAUGCCCUGAAAAGACUCAAUUGUCUUGUUUUCAACAUUAAUGUUGCACUUUUUUAACUUUGAAAACACUUUGAAUAGUAAAUGUGUUGUUGAUGCAUAACUUGCCUAUAAACUUUUAGAAAAUCUUAAUUUUAGAUAUAAAAGGUACGUUGAACGUGCUGUUAUUGGUCACCAUUUUUUAUCAUCUUUUUGCCUUCACUUGUUCAUUUUAUGGUCCUUCGGUGUGGCAAGUGCAUUUAAAAAAAAGGAAAAUAUUCCAUAUAGUCUCUAAACUAAUGUGAGGUCAUAAAACAGAAUGUAUUAUGUUUAUAAAAGAAUCAGCAGUAUACUAUUUAACAGUCAACUGCUAACAUUUCCAAAAGUAGCCUAUUUCAUGUAAAUGCCCACCUUAGUUCUUUUAUUAAUCAUUCGUUUAGGGUUGGGUAAUUGCAUAUGUGGCUUGCACAUAAUGGACUUUCUAUCAAAGCAGAUUUUACUAAUGUAAAUAUGAGUCAUGUUCUGUGAUCUGUCUGGUUUCUCUGUACCGCCGUAAGGGCCAUUUAGACUGAAUGUGUUCUUGCACAAAAUCAAAAACAAAAUAGUCUCAAGAAGAUCUUCUGACUUGACACAGGAUCUUUUUUUUUCUGAUUAACACUUUUAUUGAUUCAGACACAUGAAACCGAAAGGCAAACAUAUAUACAUCGAAUCAACUUUUAACCCCCAUAAUUCCCUUUCGCCCUCCCAAUCCCCAACCCGACCCUGACCACCAACAAACAUCCCUGUGGUCUAACUUGAGGAUAAAAAAUAUAUAUAUAUGAAAUGUUUCAGUUAUGAAAAAUUGACAAAUGUAAAUGUUUGAAAUUAAUUUUGUAGACAAAAAUAUAAUUGUGCCACCAUUUUAAUUUAUUUCAUUAUAAAACUAAAAUGUAAUAAAAAAAACAAAAAGUUUUUGAAAUGGAUGACUUGGACCAAAUAAUAAAGAAAAGCAGCCAUUAAGUGCCCAACAUAGAUGGGAACUCCUUCAAUACUGUUUUAAAAGCAUCCCAAGGUGAUACCUCAAUAAGUUGGUUGAGAAAAUAUCAAGAGUGCAUGUCUGCAAAUUUUAGGCACUAAUUUGAAAAUGCUAAAAUAUAACAGUUUUUAUUUAUUUUUUUAUUUAUUAUGUUUAUUAUUAUAAAUGUAUUUUGUUUAGUCACAACAUAAUUCCCAUUGUUCAAUUUAUGUUACUCCAUAAUUUUGAUGACUUUACUAUUAUUCUAAAACUUGAAAAAAAAAUAAAAUAAUAAUUAUAAUAAAAGAAAGUG